CGUAACAUGAAGCGAGUCGGGAGUCGCGGCUGCUUGACAAGAAAGAACAGAUUCGGAUCCCGGGAACGCGACUGGCUGAGGAGCGACACCCAGCGAGGCUGCGUGUGUCUCUAUGGCGGCACGGUGGACCCCCAAUUACCUGCCUCUGGACCCCAGGCCUUCUCCGCUCUUCAGCCUGACCUGCAGCUGGUGCUCUGCUCCACCAGCACCACAGUGGAAGAGAUGUGCGCCCAGAGGGAUGGACAGGGCCUCUUUGUUCAACUGCAUGGAGAUCUACUCAGGAGGCUGGAGCCUACCGAGCGUCCUCUCCAGAUGCUUUACGACUAUCUGGCCGUUAUGGGCUACGCCGACCCGGUGCGUGUGCAGCACGAGGCUGCCAAUUCAGACCUCAGCUGCUUGAUCCGCUUCUACAGCGAGCGACCCGUGAAUGCGGACCAGCAGGAGCGCACCCUAUUGAAGGGUGUGUUCAGCGUCCGGAAGGGCAAGACGCAGCUGCACAAGUGGGCCGAGCGACAGGUCAUUCUCUGCGGAACGUGCCUCAUUGUGGCUUCCGUCAAAGACAGCCUAACCGGCAAGAUGCACAUCCUGCCCCUGGUGGGCGGGAAGGUGGAGGAGGUGAAAAGGAGACAAAACUGUCUGAUGUUCAGCUCGGCCGGAUCGCAGGCUCAGACUUACUUUGUCAACUUCGACACGUUGGCCGACUACCAGAGAUGGCAUCGACAGGCAUCCAAAGUGGUAUCACAGACAGUCAGCCUGGUGGACCUGUCGUGCUACAGUCUGGAGGCAGUGCCUGAGUAUCUGUUCUACAGCCAAGACGUCACCCACCUCAACCUGCGGCACAAUUUCAUGAGCCUGCUGGGGCCUGGAGGUCUACUCCACCUCCCUAGGUUCUCUCAGUUGAAGAGCUUGAACUUGUCUCACAACCGUCUGGGUGUUUUCCCUGAAUGUGUGUGUGAGAUCCUCAGCCUCACAGAGCUUUGCCUCUCCUGCAACAAUCUCCACACCGUGCCCGUGCAAAUCGGCAACCUACAAAGCCUCCAAACGCUGUCUUUGGAUGGAAACCACUUGAGCUCUCUGCCUGCUGAGCUGGGCGGACUGUCCCAGCUCAGCAGUCUCGGCCUCUCCUUCAACGACUUCAAUCACAUCCCCCCAGUGCUGGAGAGACUGAGUGCCGUGGACAAAUUAUCCAUGGCAGGGAACCAAGUGAUGUGUUUGGAGGUGUGUGCUCUGCUUAGAAUGAGCCACCUGAAACACAUUGACCUCAGGCUAAAUGGACUACGCUGUGUGAAAAGCGAGAGUCCAGAGGCGGUGACCCAGUUGACCCACCUGGACUUGAGGGACAACUGUUUAGACUCGCUGGACCUCACUUCCAUCUGUAGCCUGGAGACUCUCCUCUGUCAGCGGAACCAGUUGCGGGCGCUGAUGAUCGACGGCUUCGCGCUCCGAAUGCUCCACGCUGGCAGCAACCGCCUUAGCGCAGUCAGCGUGUACCCAGUCCCAAAUCAACUGACAUACUUGGAUCUAUCACAGAACAUCCUGGAGCAUCUACCAGACUGGGUGUGUGACUGCAGAAACAUGGAGAUGCUGGAUGUCACGCACAAUCUCCUCGCUGAGCUUCCAUGCAGGUUACUCAACAGCUUGAGUUUAAAGACCCUUCUAGCGGGGAACAAUCACUUGCACAGAUUGCCAGACUUGCUGGACCACAUCCCCUUGGAAGUCUUGGACCUUCAGCACAAUAAGAUAGGAGAACUACCGGAGAGUCUCUUCUUCAAGGCCUUGAAUCUAAAACAUUUAAAUGCGUCAGCCAAUAACAUGGAAAGUAUCCCUCCAAGCGGUCAAUCAGAUGACAGCUUAAGCACGCUGCAGGAGCUCUACCUGACCAGGAACAAUCUCAAUGAAAAUUGUGGCGCUCUACUGGUAGGACAUCACAACCUGAGGGUCCUGCACAUGGCCUACAACCAGAUGCUCUCCUUCCCUGCCAGUAAGCUGAGUAAGCUGGAGCUGCUUGAGGAGCUCAACCUCAGUGGCAACAAACUGAAGAGCAUCCCUUCCACGGUGUCCAGCUGCAAGAAACUGCACACUCUCAUAGCGCACUCCAAUCACAUUAACGUCUUCCCAGAGAUCCUUAACCUUCCUGAAAUCAAGCUUGUGGAUCUGAGCUGUAACGAGCUGACUGAGAUCCAAUUGCCCGAAUCGCUACCGCCGAGCCUCCAGGAGUUGGAUUUGACGGGCAACAGCAGCUUGAUGCUGGAACACAAAACUCUCAAUCUCUUCAAUCACAUCACCACAUUGAAACUGGACCAGAAAUCGACUGCAACGGGAGACUCACAAAACGCCUCGGCUCCGUGGAGCCACGGCUACUCUGAAAUGAGUGGCCAAAGGAACAAGUUGUGUGUGUCUGUACUGGCCAUCGACCGACUUGGAGACAGCUUGGAAGCGUGCUACGGUAUUUUUGACGGCGACCGCAAUGAGGAAGUUCCUCGGCUGCUGCAGUGCACCAUGGGUGACGUGCUGUGCGAGGAAGUACAACAUUCCACGAUUGACAGUGUGUAUAUGAGCAAUACAUUCCUAACAUCACACAGGAAACUAGGUACGGUCGGCCAGAAAUUGGGUGCCUCUGCCUUGCUGUGUUAUAUUCACCACGAGUCCUCGGAGCCAGGAGGCUACCUCAGUGUGACCGUGGCCAACGUGGGGACCUGCCAGGCGGUGUUGUGUCGGGACGGUCGACCUGUCGCCCUCUCGAAGGUGUACAGCCUGGAGAACUGUACUGAAGAGAUGGAAAGAGUUAAACUCAGCAAAGCCAUCAUCACUGAGGAUAACAAAGUGAGCGGUGUGACAUGCUGCUCCCGCCUGCUGGGCUGCUCUUAUCUGUCUCCCUGGGUGCUUCCGAAGCCCUGGGUGCACACCGAGCCGCUCUCAUCCCAGGAUGACUUCUUGAUCCUGGGGAAUCGCGCCUUGUUUGAGCACGUAUCCUACCAGGAAGCCGUGUGCACGGUUCAGGCCGUGCGGGACCCGCGCGCUGCCGCCAAGAGGCUUUGCACGCUGGCCCAGAGCUACGGCUGCAAGGACAACAUCGGGGCUGUAGUCGUGGCCUUGAACAUCGCCGAGGACAGUUGCACUUGUGAGCCACACGUCUACACCCCUGAACCCCGGGGUCCUCCUCCCGUCCCUGUGACCGUAUCUAUGACGCCAGCCCCAAGUGACACGGGCACCUUGUCAUCCACCAGCGGGGUGGUCUCCGAGUUCAACAGCGAGACGUCAGCGUCCGAGGUGGGCAGCGAGGCGGGCUCCACCGCCUCCGAUGAGCACCCGACUUCGGGAGGCGCUCCGCGCCCCGAGAGACGUUGUAGCCUUCACCCCGCCGCGACGUCGUGCGGUAUCAUGGUGCCCGGCUCGGUCGGGCUGGGGAGCCACAUGGCCCUGUUCCAGCGGCAACCUUCCUGUGCUACGUUCUCCAGCAACCACUCUGACAACGGUUUGGACAGCGACGACGAGACUCCGCUGGAGGGCGUCAUCUCCAAUGGCAGCAAGGUGGAAGUGGAGGUGGACAUUCACUGCUGCGCUUUCCAGCUGCGGUCAGGGCCCCCCGAGAGUCUGAAGGAGGCAGACUUUGAAAAGCGAGGGUCCGAUUAUCCCAAUGGCAAGACGCGCAGACAGAACAGCGUAGUGGUCUCGGCGACAAACGGCUGCCUGCUGGCGGUUUGUGGAAGAGAGAUCGCAGACCUGAAGAAAUCACCUUCAACUUCAUGCCUGUUUGGGAAGAAGCUGCCCAACGGGUCCGUGGUGGCCCCCGAGGACAGUCAUAAUCUCAUCGAGGUGGCCCUGGAGGCGCCGAAAAAGAAGUCUGGGUAUUUCACCGCGCCGGCUCAGCAGGACCCGGACGACCAGCUGAUUGUGCCUCCUUGUCUGGAGCAGGAAGUACGGGAGCAGUUAAAAGGCCAGAGCCCUCUCGUCUCAGCCCCCUCCGCACCCAACGCACCUCCUUCCUUAAAGGACGCGGUGUGGGAUCAAUCACAACCUCCUGCUCAAUUUGCCCCAAGCUUGGUGCCAGGUCCUGCAGCGACCCCGAUCGUAAAGCCCGAGGUCUAUGAUACUGCCUUGUAAAAGGGGAAACACAGCACAACUUGGCUGCCAUGCUGUUAUUGUGCCAUCGCAGGAAAGCAGAGCCGAUGUGUCCGUUGAGGAAUUAUUGGGGGGGAAGUUCUCGAACAUGACUUUGUGACUCCAGCCUGAAACUGUCAAGCUUGUCAUGUUCUUGGAAAAUCACACUUUGUGCAUGACUAUGCUCAGUGCGGGUCAUAUUCUUCUAGUAAAAGUGCCUACUGCGGACGACUCAGCCUCAGAGUUCCCAGGCUACACGGCUGUUUUAGAGUAGAGCUGAACGAAGGCCGACACAGCUUGUCCUCCUCUUCCAGUAGCUUGUUAAAGGAAAUACGGUUUACAUUACGGAUGCCAUUCAGUGUCAUAUAGGCCCGUUUCCGUCAAACUUCAGUUCAGUUCACCAGACGCUGACGUGGUUUGUGUUUCCAUUAUGGGAUUAUGUGAUCGUGUGGGUUGCCAAUGCUCAGGAGGAGUCCUGGUUGCGCCUUCCAAACCCAAGGGUGUCUAAACUUUUUACACCUUGGAACGCAUAAGGAAAAAUUGAAGCAUGGUGGGAGGAGGCACUUAGUUCAAUACAUUUAAAGGAAAAACAGCCUCAACUAUGUGUCAGGUUUGUGUUAUGGCUAACAGAGCUAAUGAGUUUCCAUGAUUACCAACACUGUGUGGCGAUUUCUUAACUUUUGAUUAUUAUUGUUCAUUUUGUUCCCAUCACGACCCUUAUUAUCCUUCACGCUUUGGCCACCUCGAAUCUAAUCCGUGGACCUGGAUUCCCCAGUCCCACCGAGCAUUUAUUAGCCUUUACGGCUGCAGUAUUUCUUGCUUGUGAGCCAGAGCAAAUACGAUUUUGAAAUUUAGCAACUUUGUCAAUGUUAUGCCCCAGAUGAAUGCCCGCCCAUAAUAUGCUACUAAUAAUGUGACAGCAGAACAAUAAUCAUGCCAUCUUGGUUGGAAGGUCCCAAAAAUGGAUGCACAUUACUGUACGCAAGUACCAUAAAUAUAUUUGUAUUCCAAAACUGAACAAGACCAGACAAAUAUAAAAAUCUAGUAGUCUUUAACAGUUUUAGCAUUAAAUUGUGAAAGUGCGAGAAACUGACAAAAAGGUUUAAAAUCGAUUUUUGAUAGGUGGUGGAUAGAUGGUGGCAAAGCACUACUUUUGACUAAACAAAAAGAAAACUAAGCUCAUUUCAGCAUAGUUCCUUGGCACAAAAAUGCCACAAGGUGCCUCCAAAUACUUGCAUUGCUUUGUUUUGUUUUUUUCAGCAAAUAGAGGAUAGGUUUCAAAAAGUGAAUACACACAACUUGUCCAUGAAUUCAGUGUAUACAUAUAAAGAUUCCUUCUAGGAAUUUCUAAACACCGUCUGAUAAUGCCAAUAAUGCUUUCCAUUGUUUAACCUUUUAAACUACAUUAUUAUUUUUUUUAAAUUCCGAGGUAUACAUCUCAGAAUGCAGGCCAACGACUCUCGGUUCCCGGUGCCAAAAGAGAAAGUGUAUGUUCAGAAGACCAAAGUCCGGUAAUUGCACAUGCCAAUUAGACAUAUUGUUUUGGCGUCAUGGUGCAGUUGUGGCAUUCCAUAGUUUGACUUUCCAAAAGGAAAAAGAGCCAUUGGUUGAAUCCCACUCAUGACAUGUUUAUUAUCUCUGAAGCCUUAAUUGUCUUUGUCUUGUUACUUGUCAUCUUCAAGGAUUCAACACUAAUUACUGAAGCACUUUGUACUGAGUUGAGUAUGUGAGAAUGUAAUCUACAUUGUGUGCUUGAGUGAUUUUGAGAUCAUGUAACCUACAUAAGUGCUGAGAGCCCUUUAUUUUCAUACAGUUACAGUUCCCCUGCAGUAAUCUUUUUUUUUUUUAUAUAUAUCAUAAGCGCCAUAAGCUAGCACGAAUUGCAAAGCAUUAUCAUUCAAUAUGAGGAACUAGACUUGGUUGAAAUCCCUGCGCAACUGCACAUCACAAUGAUUAAUAAAAUGUGAAACAAACUGAAGAGGCAGCGUUUGUAUUAUGUGAAGUAAACCGAUAUUUGCUGGAAUCAAUGAGGAAAAACGUGCACCACUCCUGACUAUAAAUAAUGAGACCUUGUGCAAAUAAUAAAUUAGUGACAAUGCAUUAUAACAAUGACUGUGCCAAUCACAUUUUUUUGCACCCGAGUCUAAGCCAAGUCACUUGAUGUGUGUGUCGUUGUUAUAAACGUAGAAUGAGUGAAGACUACUGCGUAGUUCAAUGGGGGGGCAUGCGAGGUGUUUUUAGGCAGAAGUGUGGAGAGAUGAAAAUGAGUACAUUACAAAUGUUUUCCCACAAAUGUUGCAAAACAAUUACCAUCUCCUCAUUGUUCACACAGUGUGUAUUAGUGGAACAAUAAACAACAAAGAUAAUGUGGUGUACACACCCGUUUUUAUCUUCUGAUGUGUUUUUCUUCAUCUGACACAAUUUAAACUGCCUCUGAUUAACCCCCCAAAAAACUCAGCUGAUCUAGUCGGGCUUUUGCUAACAUUUUUGUUUUGAGCAAACACUGACGGGUAUUUGGAACUUUUCAUAAUUUAUCUACCUCCACCUUAGGCCCCAUUUGGAGAAUAGUAAAAUAGCCUCAUAGCACGCUACUGCUUUGUUUUAAGUUUUUAGAUCUUAUUCCUAUUUUUUUACAUUUGAGCAAAGGUGUUUAGACUUUUUAUAUCCACUCUAUUGCGAUAUGGUAUCAUUUUUGCAGCAACUAAACUUGCUUUAAUCAUUUAGUGAGUGUCAUAAAUUUAACAGAUGAGUUUGGUUAGUUUGUUCCUCAUUGAAUGCCUGGACAGCAUCCCUAAUUUCCUUUUAAGAGAAAUUCAUAUAUAUUAUACAACAUUAGAACUUAAUAUAAAUCUUCUCUGUCCCCACGUUCAGCCAACACAUUUGUAUAGAUGCAGGAUGAGCGAGCACAGGGUAGUGGAGCACAGUCCAGUGCAUUACUGACAAUAUUCCCUUUAACUCUUUAGUGGAGCGCGUCCAGUACCGAGUGUUCUUAUUAUGCCCAUGUUGCAUUAUAAUGGGAACCCAUGUAUAAACUUUUUUAUGUUCCAAAAUGUCUGUGUUUAUGUGUAAAAUGAAGCACAUAUGCUAGAUGUGCAAUAAAUGUAUGCAUGUUGUUGUGAAUACUGUGAGUGGAAAUGAUCCAAGACAGUGCGGUUGUUGUGACCUAAGUAGCCAGUGCUCAGUCUCCAAGUUCCGCUAUGUAUGCUAUUUUCUAGAACGGCCUGAAUAUUUUUAUUUUUAUUGACACCACAAAGCUGAUUUUUAUUUUUUUUACUUCAUUGCAAAUGAAUAUUUCUCUAUCUUCUAUGGAAUUUUAAAUGAUGGGGUCUCAUUCUAGUACUGGAUGUUGAUGGAUGUUGACAGCAUGCCCUCAUUAUCACCGUAAAAUAUGUAUAAACAAUUUCCUUAAUACAAAAUUGGGUAUAUGUAAUGUUUUACGUUUGCAUGUGAACAUGCAAAUUGAUGCUGCUGUUAACCUAAUUUUAGGAUACCUAAUUAGAGCUUAUAGGGAGAAGAUGAAGCUACAAUGAGAGGUCAUGCAAGGCUAGGUUUAAAAUCCUGCAAAGUAGCAAUAAAAUUAGGUUCUGAGUCUUUUUUUUUUUUUUGUCAGGCUCGACAAACAUUUUAUGGACAUUUUACACAAAGAUUUUUUUUUUUGUCUCAUCUUUCAUUCAGACAUUUGUAUUAAACUCCUGAAUGUGAUUAGCUAUUUUCUGGCAUUUGUGAAGAAGGGUCCAUUUCAAGUUGUACACAUAAUUGUGCAGAAAAUAAAGCCUUUACAAUAUAAAAAGGGUAC